AUGUCUGAAGGAGAUACAGGAGAGAGCAGAAAUGCCUGUUAUGCACUCACGUGCCUAGCAAUGGAUCCAGCUGGUCAUCGUCAUAUAGUGAGCAGCCAGUGCUUCCUGCAAGUUUUAGAUACUCUCUGCAAGCUACUCCAGUCAGAUGAGCAGGAGUCCUGCUGGUUUGCUGCCAUGACGGUGAAUGUGUUAUCUAGUCACCCACAGGGUGUAGUGAGACUCCGUCAACAUCAACUACUGGAGGCUGUCCUGAAGAAAUUGGCUUCUUCUCACACAGCCGAAAAGGAGUUGCUGGUAGAAGUGGAAAAUACAUUAAAGAGGCUUAAACGACUUCCCCAACCUUCCUCUCCUAAAACAAAAAUCCUGGAUUGUGGUUCUUUAUGGGUCGAAUGGGAGGAACAUAGAUCAGAUAGUGGUCUUCCUAUUACAUAUAGUCUCUUUGACAGUGAGCAGUUGUUAUACCAGGGUCCAUCCUGCUUCCAUCUGUUCCUUGAAUUUAAGCCAGGUCAAGAGUACCACCUGAAAGUCGUCAUGGAAACAGUGGGUGAUCGUAGCCCAGACAGCCCUGUUGUGGUGGUAAUUGUGGAAGAACCUUUGCCCAGCUGUCCCUUGAACUUUGAAGUUAUAGGUCGUACAGCUACACAAGUGAAAUUAAGCUGGUCUCCACCUGCAGACCCUGGAGUAGCUAUUAAAUAUUACAUAGUGUAUCGGGAGGACAUUCCUAUUGAGACAACUACAGAGUUGAGUUGCAUUGCAGGAGGGUUGUCAUCUUCAACAAAUUAUACUUUUAGUGUCUGCGCCUGUUCGGCAAGAGGUCAAAGUGAGAAGGUCUCUUUGGUUGCUAAAACAAUGAACAGGGGAGACCAUGCUCCUGGGAAACUUUCACUCUAUGUUAUUGGACGAUCUGAGAUCUUCAUCACUUGGGAUGUGCCCAGAGCCCCUAUUGGUAGGUUCUUUAACUAUGAACUGUGUAUGAAUGGGAAAUCUGUUUACUUGGGUACAAAGCGCUCCUAUACUGCCCGUCGACUGACUCCCAACACUGAUUACACAUGUACUGUCUUUGCUAUCACCAGUGAAGGGCGCUUUGAGAGCAAACCAGUUACCAAGCGAACUGCCAAGGAUGAAUAUGGUAACCUAAGCAAAACUUAUGUUACUUCUAGUCAACAAGUCGUGGCUUCAUCUACCAGUGACAUUUGCGAUCCAGUGGAGAAACAGAAAAUUGAUAGGAUCUCUAAAUCUCCUCCAACUAAAACUGUAAAUGGCCGUCUAGUCAUGCGCAGAAAAAGCAGCCUAUCAAAAGAGAAUAAAAUUCAUACCUCAAAAUCCAGUGACGAUUUAGGCUGUAGUAUUGCGCCCCCUUUGGCGUCCACCAAGGAAAUAACACCACCCCUGGCUUUGGACGCCAAAGGGAUGCAAUACGAUUGGCUACAGCCUGAAUCGUCAUUGCAGUUAGUACUAGAGUAUCCGUUACGGGCGGAGGAACUGCGAAACAUAUUAAGACAUGAAAUAAAAGUAAAAAAGAUUAUUCAAAAACUGAAUAGUUUACAAAGCUUUUCAUGA